AUGGCCGACCCCGAAACCGGCCAGUCGCCCGUCCAAGCCACGAGCAACACAUCUGAAUACACGCCCCUCCUCCCCUCCGACCGCCAACUCAUCUCCGCUCUCCAUGAAUCACAGGACUUCAUAGCCUGCCACAUUGUUAAGAUCCACGGCGAGGACAGUGUGGUAUGGAAGCUUCGACACUCGCUGCAACACUGGUUCUCGUCUAAAUGGGGUCACUACUUCGUCAUCCUUCUGGUCUCGGCCGAUAUAUGCUGUAUCUUCGCCGAUUUCCUCAUCAGUCUGCACAUGUGUGAACAUGCUGGGGAGAAGGGCUUCAACCUCAAGGCUUGGGAACUGGCCGACGCCGUGCUUGAUUAUGCGAGUCUGGUCUUCUCGUGUCUGUUCAUGGCCGAAUUGCUCGGCAGUGUUUUUGCAUUUGGGUUUAGGUACUUCAACAGCUCCUUCCACAUCUUUGAUGCCCUCGUCAUCAUCGCCGCCUUCAUAAUCGACGUUCUCCUCCGCGGCCCAUUGGAAGAAGCCGGCUCCCUCGUCGUCGUCCUGCGGCUCUGGCGAGUCUUCAAAAUAAUCGAGGAAUUCUCCUCGGGCGCAGAGGAUCAGAUCGCAGAGCUCCAAGAGAAGAUUGACGACCUGGAGCGCGAGAGGGAAGACGUCAUGAAAGAGAACCAACAACUCAAGCACAGGUUGCGGAGAGGAUAUGAAGAUGCCGAUGGGGAAGUGCUUGACGGUAAUGCUUCGUGA